GGUAACGGGCAGACGUGUGUCGCACGGACUCUCAUCUGCAUUUGCUUGCAUCUCAGGUGUCUACUUAUAUACAUAUUGCAUCGUAAAUUGGAGCUCUUGCAAGUGGCAAGUAAAAUAAAAUUCAUCUAAUUACAGGAAAAGAGAGUAUUUGUUGAAAAGCAACAUGGGCAAGGAGAAGAUCCAUAUUAAUAUCGUUGUCAUUGGCCACGUCGAUUCGGGCAAGUCUACCACCACCGGGCAUUUGAUUUACAAAUGCGGCGGCAUCGACAAGCGUACAAUUGAGAAGUUUGAGAAGGAGGCCCAGGAAAUGGGCAAAGGCUCGUUCAAGUAUGCCUGGGUGCUGGACAAACUGAAGGCAGAGCGCGAGCGUGGCAUUACCAUUGACAUUGCCUUGUGGAAGUUCGAGACGGCCAAGUAUUAUGUGACCAUCAUUGAUGCGCCUGGCCAUCGAGAUUUCAUCAAGAACAUGAUUACCGGCACCUCGCAAGCUGAUUGUGCUGUACUCAUUGUGGCUGCCGGUACCGGCGAAUUCGAAGCUGGCAUUUCGAAGAACGGCCAAACGCGUGAGCAUGCGCUGUUGGCCUUCACGCUGGGCGUCAAACAGCUGAUUGUGGGCGUCAAUAAGAUGGACUCUACGGAGCCACCUUAUAGCGAAACACGCUACGAGGAGAUCAAGAAGGAAGUCUCUUCGUACAUCAAGAAGAUUGGCUAUAAUCCAGCUUCAGUUGCUUUUGUGCCCAUUUCGGGCUGGCAUGGCGACAACAUGCUCGAGCCAUCAGAGAAGAUGCCCUGGUUUAAGGGCUGGACCGUUGAACGCAAGGAUGGCAAGACAGAGGGCAAAUGCCUGAUUGACGCGCUGGACGCGAUUCAGCCACCACAGCGUCCGACCGACAAGCCACUACGCUUGCCACUGCAGGAUGUCUACAAGAUUGGCGGCAUCGGCACCGUACCCGUGGGUCGAGUAGAGACUGGCGUGCUCAAGCCAGGUAUGGUGGUAAACUUUGCACCUGUUAAUUUGGUUACUGAGGUCAAGUCGGUAGAAAUGCAUCACGAAGCCCUGACCGAAGCCAUGCCGGGCGACAACGUUGGCUUCAAUGUUAAGAACGUUUCGGUUAAGGAGCUUCGUCGUGGCUAUGUGGCUGGCGAUUCCAAGAAUAAUCCUCCACGUGGCGCUGCCGAUUUUACUGCCCAGGUAAUUGUGUUAAAUCAUCCUGGGCAAAUAGCCAAUGGCUAUACUCCCGUUUUGGAUUGCCAUACGGCUCAUAUUGCUUGCAAGUUUGCUGAAAUCAAGGAGAAGUGCGACCGUCGUACGGGCAAGACCACGGAGACCGAACCCAAGGCUAUAAAAUCUGGUGAUGCGGCUAUUAUAAUGCUGGUGCCGACUAAACCGCUCUGCGUUGAAAGCUUCCAGGAAUUUCCGCCAUUGGGACGCUUUGCCGUGCGCGAUAUGCGUCAAACAGUAGCGGUGGGUGUCAUCAAGUCGGUGAACUUUAAAGAAACGACCUCGGGCAAAGUUACAAAAGCCGCUGAGAAGGCACAGAAGAAGAAAUAACUAGGGUGUCGGCAGAUUUGUAAUUCAAACAACACCCAACAAACAAAACUACACCAAACGGCAAAAGCAACAAAACUCUUAAAAUUUAUAGUAUCUAUUAAUCAUCGACGAUCCAAUCAGAUCCUAAUAUCAGAGUCCGUGGCAAAACCAAAUCCAAUUGAUGGCAUACAAAAACUUAUUAUAAUCCUCAAUAGAAUAAGCGAACCGCUCGCUCAGAUUUCAAAGCAGCGAUCCUUUAUGGCAGGCAAUCAAAUUUUAGGCACACCACCAGCUGCAUGCAAUGAAGACCAGCUGAUUGGACAGCUUGGCCAACUGUCAUCAACAUCAUUCCCAAAAUUGUGCCCCAAAACAACGCUUGCCAUCAUAUUUAUAAUAAUCACAUAUUGUAACUAUCUUAACUUAUAUCGCCAUCGCAAAUCAUUGCGCAGGAAACCGCUUGGCAUAGAAUUAGAAUACGGUCACAAUGCUUUUGGAGUUUGCUGCUAGCCCAGUACAGUUCUCUUGCCCCGCCCUCAUUUAUCAUCAUACAUCAUUUAGUAUCAUCAAAUCGUUUCAACCCAAUGGAUUUUAAACACUUUUUAUACUUUUGAUAAGUCAAUCGGAGGCAUUCGAUUUAAAAUCUAUUAUUACACCUAGUGAUUUCAGAAUUUAGUUUUAAACCACUGCAUCAUCAAAAAAAAAAAAGGAAAGUAUACAAAAAAAAAAAGACUACAUUCGCUAGAAUCCAAAAAAAAUUCUCCAAAACAAAAGACAAAUGCUUACAAAGUAUUAUAAAAACAUUAUGCAUAAACAUAUUCAUGCGGUUUUGUAAACAUUUUAAAUGUUCCAACGAGCCUCAUUGGCAUUUGCGCUCUUUAAUCAAAUGUUUCUUAUUAAAGACUAUCCCCUUUUCUUACAUACACAACGCAUUCACAUACGUUACUCUUCAUACUACACUCUGAAAUUAUAAAUGUAACCCACAUACAUAGAUACAGAUAAUGUUGCUUAACAAACAUAAAACAACUUUUAAUGUAACAAUUGAAAAAUAAAAAUAAAGGAUGCUUAACCGUAACUUACCACAAAAAAA